UAAAUAAUCAAAUUACAUACGUCAUUAUGACAUUUUAUCCUUCUAAAAAACUACACGAUGUGUUUUUCCUUAUUACGAUUAUUUUUUGUUUGGAUGGAAUACCAAAAUGCCAAACGGUUUAUCCAGAAAACCCUGAAAUGUACAAUCGUUUAGAACAAGAACUGAGGAACCGAGAAUGUUGUAUGAAACGUAUGAGAUGUUGUAGGGCAACUCAAACGUCUCCCACAGUAGAAAUGAGAGCUGUAAUGACCCGUUGUCCCAAUAUUCCUUCCGACAACAGUAUCCUUACAAGGAACAUGAAGGAACCCGUAUCAGGACGAAAUGAACAUAUCAAAUACUUCCAAGGAUUUGAAACGGAUGAACUUUUACUUUCCAGUCAGAUACUUAAAUGCAACAGAAAAGUAAUAAUUACAAUGCGAUUAAAAAACGAAGGAAUAUUAACCAACAAAAGUCAAUAUAUUGUCGUGGAUCAUGUGUACGAUCCUAAAAGUAAGAGUAAAACGCGUCUUCUGAAUCCAUAUGUGAUCAAAUUGAACCAAGAACGAAUGAGACAGAUAUAUCCAAUGUCUUCUUCACAUGUAGUUAAUGCGGAAGCGACUGAGCAGGUAAUAAAUAAACGGAAACAUGGAUAUAAGGGUUGCGAUGUUACUUCCAAACAUCCCACGUGUGGAGUGAUCACGUACAGAGGCAGAAUUGUGCCCUACAGCAAAGGAUUUUGCUGCUCUUGCGAUCGCCAAAAGAACGAGAUGUGGCAAAAGGGAACGGGAGGCAAAACAGCAACUCCACUGAUUGUGUAUAGUGAUCCUGCUUACCUUUUGGACGGAGUAGAGUGCCCCAGACAUAUGAAAGGGUGGGAGACGUCCUCAUCAUUUACAAAACAUCCCUUUAAAAUCCACAAAAAUCGCCAGAACUGUACCAAAGCACAGCACAACGUCCAGAAACAAUCCCCCCAAGGAAGUGUUAUUUCUGAAAGGUUUGCGCCAAUAAAAAUGAAUAGAAAAUACGACAGAUCAGUUUGGAACAAUAAUAAAGAAAUAUUUUCCACCACCGACAGAGACGAACUAUCAACUUUUCUACCAGAUCAAGAAAUAGAGGAUGUCGUCAUGAACGCUUUGCGACCUGAUGGUGGGAUGAGCGAUGACGAAGAUUUGGAUGACAAAAUAAAAAAUUUAGAAGCCUUUCUUGAAAAUUAUCGCAAACGGGAGAAUCGGGAAAAAAGGCAAACCGCAGGCGGGAUACAAGUAAGAGGCGGACAAGACUGUGGUGACCGGUUCGUGCCUCCUUUUGCAAAUCCCGAAUCUUACCACGACAGCACUCAUUGCCUGAAGUUUUCAGAUUUGUGGUAUACAGUGUAUGAGCUCGGCGAGCCGGGGGUCGAGCACAAAAUUCGGAUUCAAGUACGCUAUGAACAUUUAAAAGUGAAAUUUAACCCUUUUGAAUACCCACUACAGGUCUUUGAAAAAGAAGAAGACGUCGAAGGAAAAACGGAGUGGCAUGACUUGACACAAGGAAUACCAAUAUACCUCGGAAGUCACAAACUAAACAAUAUACAAAAUUUUCAUAAUGUAGUGGCUGCCGACUACAACGUGAUGGACAACUUUGAACCAAAUCCGAAGUACUUUUCUUUAAAUUAUAAAAUGGUACGGCUGUUGGUUCCAGAAGGUGUUAGAAAGAAGGACGCGAAGAAACAUCCGGAAGUUGCUAAUGGUCCUGGGGAGUACUUAAUUGUUCAUCCCAGUCAGAUAUCAAUUAGCGGCGAUCGGUGUAACGUAGCUGGCGUCGGAUUCGAAGCUUUUUUUAAGCAGCCGAACAGAUGUUCGGUUCCAAAAGGUUCGUGCCUUGCAAACCAACCAAGACACCUCUGGUUGCAUGACCACGAAGCAGAGAAGAGAGGGAAGAAAGGCUGCUUCUUCCUGAAACAUUACGCUGAUAUUUACAAAGAUACAAUAAGAAACCAAAGUGGUGAAUUGUCUUUAUCUCUGGGAUACAUGGGAAACCAUUACAGUUCCGUAGAAUUAGAAGUGAGAGCUGAUUUUAAUACUGUCAUUAAUCGACGCACUUCUGCUGUUAUCACUGAGGUCUACGUUGAGUGUACUAAUCCCAAGAAAACGAUCAUUACCAUUAAAGUAACUAACACUGGCCUUACAUCGAACAAUUUCCAAGUAAAAUUAGGAGACUGUCCUCUAAAUUUGCCCUCGGAAUUGAAUAAAAUACAGUCAAAACUUGUCCUGAUACCACCUCAAAAGCAGCACAUAUUCUACUUGAAUGUUCAUUACAAUAUUCCAACAGAACGAUUCCAUUGCUCGGUGGAGGUGCUGAAUUCCAGGAAAGAGCUUUUGGCUUUGAGAAGAAUUCGCAUCCAAAAGAAUGACAGAUGUCUUUGUACGUGGCAUUGUUUGUGCGCAUGUAUGGGAUCUCCUGAAGGAUUGGCAUGCAUUCCAAUGUCGGUGUCCCACUAUCAUGCGGCGGGUUUUCUGGGAUCCCUACCCAUAGACAGCUACGUUGUUGAAUAUACAGUUUUGGACGAUGUUUUAUCGAUGAUAUUUUACUUAUCGGCAUUUCUGAUGUUGACCAUGUUGAUCCUGGGGAUAUCGAAAGCCCUGAUUGGUUCUUUUUGCUCUACGGAAAUAGGAAUUUGGGGUUUCGACGCUUUAAUGGAGCCUAAACAAAUUUGUUGCUACUAUGAAAGGACAUUGAAAGGAAGAACUGUUGUAUACGACGAAGACGGGUGGCCUGUUCAUCCUGAGACAGGGAGAAAAGUGAGGAACGUGCCAGCUCCCAGUGAAUUUUGCAUUAACGUUUUAUUUUUCUUCCUGUACCCCUCCGCGAUCAUAUUCCUUUUGCUGAAGAGGUUGUGCUGGCCUUAUUAUACUUUCGAUAAUUCGAUGCGCAGUUCGAGAAGGAGUUUUGAUAUUGGGAGAUCGAAAUCUGGAACUGCGGAAUGCGGUGGUUUGCGAAAUACGUGCCAGAACCAAAACAAUGUUCCAAGAACGAAUACUGAUACUGAAGUUUGUCUGGCAAUGAUAAGCGAAUUUAACAAAAUCAAUGUCAAGAAAAGGAAUCUACCGAACAAGACGUCUUUAUCAUCAAGUAGUUAAAACACUGACUGUAUUAAUACAUUUUUAUUUGAGGUUUGUCUGACAAUGAUAAGCGAAUUUAACGAAAUCAAUGUCAAAAAAAGGAAUCUACAGAACAAGAUGUCUUUAUCAACAUCAAGUAGUGAAAACACUAAGAUUGUAUUGAUACAUUUUUAUUUAUUUUUACGUUUUCCAAUUUUUUACUAUAACUAUUAUGUGUAUAUUUGAAGGUCCG